UCACGUGAAAUAUACCCAUAGAACUGAUUCGAACUCGGAACAUCGAAUUACGUAAAUUCUGAGAAGCUGCGAUGUGUUCCUGGCCCCGUUUAUCACUCUGCGCCACUUUCUACUAGUUUCAGUUACCUCAGCUUUCGGUAGGGAGUCAGUUGGACUUCAUGGAUUCUGCAGACCAGCUGUUGUAAACCAAGACGUACACAGAUUCAAGAUGCUGUUACUGUUACUCAGUCUGGUGGCUGCUGCCCUCUACUUAGUACUGCAACAUUAUCGUGCCAAAAUGCGCCCCCUGGUAGAGAAAGCGGAGAAGAUUCCGGGACCUCAGACACAACCGCUAUUUGGAAAUGCCCUGAAAUUCGGCACCAGCACGAAACAGUUCUUUGACUACAUGAUGUGGCUGACUGGAACACACGGGCCAAUUGCACGUGUUUGGGUCGGCCCAGUACUGGCUGUCCUUUUGGCAGAUCCUAAAUAUAUCGAGAUAAUACUAGGAAGCAACAAAAUUAUAGACAAGGCAAUUCUUUACAAGUUCGGGGAGCCGUGGCUAGGAAAGGGGAUGCUCACCAACUCUGGUUUGACGUGGAAGAGGCACCGCAAAAUCAUCAUGCCAGCAUUCCACGUCAAGAUCCUGGACAAGUUCGUGCAUAUAUUCAACGCAAAUUCCGCAAUCCUGCUGGACCGUCUGGCUAAACACGUAGGCGGUCCUGGGUUCGACGUCUACCCCUACAUGAACCUCGUCACGCUAGACGUCAUUUGUGAAUCUGCAAUGGGCGUGAAAAUCAACGCUCAGCUGGACAGCUCCUCGGACUAUGUGAACAGUGUGCAGAUUCUGGGGGACGCCAUGUUCCGUCGGGCAUUCAUGCCAUGGCUGCAUCUAGAUUCGAUCUUCGCCCUCUCGUCUCUGGGCCGCAUGCAGAAGAAGUGCCUCACGGUUCUGCACGGAAUGACCAAGAAAGUUAUCAAGAGCCGGAAGGAACAGAUACUCAACAGCGAGACGGGGGAACAAGAAACUGAUCUGCACGACAUUGGGGCAAAGCAGAAAUACGCGUUCCUUGACCUGAUGAUUCAGGCGGUAAGGGAUGGCGCUACUCUAACGGACCAAGAGCUGCAGGAAGAAGUAGACACCAUUAUGUUGGCGGGCCACGACACAACAACGUCUGCUCUCAGCUUCAGCUGCUGGUGCCUUGCGGAAAAUCCAGACGUUCAGGAAAAAGUAGUGUCGGAGUUAAGAGAGAUAUUUGGUGACUCGAAUCGCGACGCGACCUUACGCGACCUCCAGGAAAUGAAGUAUCUGGAGCAGGUGAUCAAGGAGACGCUGAGGCUGUUCCCAAGUGUACCUGUCUUCGGACGAUUUGUAACCGAAGACUUGCCCAUGGGUGAUUAUGUACUUCCUGCCGGCUGCAACGUCGGUUUCAAUCCUUACAUGUUACACCGGAACCCGGAAUAUUUUCCGGAGCCGGAAAAAUUCGAUCCAGAUCGAUUUUUGCCGGAAAACUGCCUGGGAAGACAUCCUUACUGCUACAUACCAUUUAGCGCUGGCCCGAGAAACUGUUUAGGCCUGAAGUUCGCAAUGCUUGAAAUGAAGGCAAUCCUUUCGGCCCUGCUGAGGAGGUAUCGACUGUUGCAAUCCAACCCUCCACACCAACUUGACCUCACGGUGGUCCUCGUGCUAGAAUCACUGACAGGAGUGGUACUCAGGCUUGAUUCCAGGGGCUCACAACCAGUCAGCAGUUAACUGCUUUCAGUGAAUUAUGCUUCGGCGAACUCCUUUUCGGUCCGCUCCGUCAGAAGCGGCGCUACUGUUAAGUCCUAACAAACAGCAUUUUCCAUUCUUUCUUCUUCAAAUAUGUACAUUCCUCUUGCUGGAAUAAAAUCUUACACUUUUACACCA